AGCCGGUUGCCGGGGCCCCCCCGCUCCGCGGCCUGGCGGGGGGGGGGCGGUGCGCGGAGGCCUCGCAUUGCCCCCCGCGCCGUCGGCGAGGCCCUGAGCGCCCAGGGCGGACACCGCACGGGGACCGGCUGGGGCUUCCCCUCGGGAGUGCGAGAGCGCUGGAGGCGGGCGGCCGGCGGUGCGGGCGCGACGGAGAGGCCGCCAGAAGGCCCAGUUGGCCCUGAUUUCAUCAGCCGGGGUUGCCAAGUGGAGCGCAAAGACACAGGUCGGUAAUGGCCAUACCCGUCAGGGUCUGCACAUUUUGGCAGCCUUGUUUGGAGUUAUUUGGAAGGAAACUGUUCCAAAUAGUUCUCAUUAUGGGUGGUUAUUGGGUGGUAAAUGUUGUGAUUAAUGGCUCGGUGCAUUUGCCUCUUAUUUAACCAUCCUUAGUUAAAACUCCAAAAUAUUGCUUGCACCGACCGUUCUUUUCCAAAGGAAUUGUAAAGGCUUCUGUCAGUUUGAUUGGGAAAGUAGAUGGCGAAGAGAGGCCACGACCUGUGGGAGGCUUUAUGAAACUGGAGUUAUUCUUGGCAAUUUGAAAGAGGGUUUAUUACUCAAAGCCCAGCUUUCCUCAUCUCUGAGUAAGAUUUCUGUCACUGGUGGGUAUCAGGUAGACUUUAACUAUGGAAAGCAUUGAUUGCACAGACCAGACAUACUUAAGCAUUUUGAGGAAGUAAUUUAACAAUUAUCAAUUUCUGUACUGUGCCCACUGUUGAAGAUAUGGAACUCUCCAUGGUCAUUUUUAUACAAAAUUUUAUUUCUUCUUUGCCCUAAAUCCCAAAACUGCUUUGGAAAAAAAGAGAAUGCUCAUUCCAUACCUCUCUAGUGCCUUGUAAUUAUUCAAUAAGUGGAUUAAGAGAGGUAGGGAGGAAGAAACCCCAUCCUUCCCCACUCCAAUUUGGAGGGGUUUGUGGCCAUCAGGUUUUCGCGGUGGUUUCUGGGACUUUAGUGGUUAGCUGAUUAACACAGAAAGGUGGAGAUAAGUGAUUUGCCAGUGAUGUCCUAUUCAUGUGUUCUGUGUGCAUCCACAGGACUGAGAGAUAGUACAAUUUAGAGUCAGACCAGAGUUCUGAUCUCCACUUCAUCCCCAUAUUAGCACCGUAUCCUUGGAGAAGUUGCUUAAUUUUGCCAAGCCCCAAUUUCUGCAUCUUAAAUGGGAAUAUGGUGUCUACUUUAAAGAAUUAGAAGGAUUAAAUGAGAUCAUUUAUGUAAAGUACUCAACGUAGGCCAGACUUAUGGUAGAAGUUCAGGAGUUAAAAAAAAAAAAAAGUUUCUUCUUAACUCCCAACAAUAUUUCAGACUUUCCACUUUUGAUUGAUGUUAAAUUUAUCAAUAAUCUGCCUUUAAAAAUGGAAGAAGCCCUGAGCCUUACCUGCCACCAUUGACCAUUUAGUGAUAUAACAGUGUUUGUAUACAUAAUACCUGGCCUGUGCUUUCUUGCUCUCCCAAUGGCAUUCCGCAGCUCCCGCUUUGCUUCUCUGAAAGCAGAUCUAGGGCUGGUUGACUUCAGUUCACCCCGCCUUUGUCAGUCACAAGUAUCUUCUUGGUGGUUUUCUCAAUUCCCCUCUUGUAUCAACUUUCUCUGGGGUCAUCCUCUCACUUGCUUGCCAUCUUCAACCCUCAGGACAGCCCUUCCAGAUGGGUAUUAUUAUUCCCAUUCUAUAAACAAGGGGACUUGGGACAGUGGUUUAGUACAGAUUCUCUUCCGAAGUCACAUCCUAUAACCGCCCCUCUCAAAAAAAAAAAAAAAAAUUACUGCCGAAGUUUAUGAAUCCAUUGGUUUAAUUACUAACUCCUUAAUCAAACUCCGGACAGUUCUAGAUGCUACAGGUUGGCAGUGGGUUCUGGCUUUCUGCUUCUGCUUAGUGAUAUCCAAGACGGAAAAUGCCUUUGACAGAAGGGGUCAGAUGGGGGAAGGAAAGGUGUGCUUGUGGAAGAAAUGGGCAUUUCAGAAUCUUCAUAGGCUCAUUUCAUCACUCAUUCAGGGUAAGGUUCCACUCAUGGAAUCUCCCUACACUGAGUCAGUGUCUGGUGUGAGGAACAGACUGUGCUAUGCAUUUGGGGGAGGAUAUAAAAGAAAUAAGUUGUGGACCUUGUCCUUACGGAAAUUUCUGCCAAGCAGGGAGAAAAAAAAAAUUCUUGCACAUGAAAUUACUCACGAACAUUUGAGGAAUAAUAUCAACCAGAAAAAAAAAUGCAUUCUGUGCCAAACGAGGACUGACAACUUUUCACCAUAUGUAACAUCUUCUAGAUGUUUCCGUAUGCUCAUUUGUUCCACAGGGUUGAGGCUGUUUUCCCCCUCCAGUCAAAAGAAUGUUCUCCAAAGCAUAGCGUCUUGGGAAGGAGGGAGAUGAAAAAAAAGAGAUAAAUAAGGAAAGCUGCUGUGAAAUGAAAGAGAUUUGAUUUAGUGAAAAAUCCAAUGACCUCCCAAAGAGCAGGGCAUGAUAGCUUAUUGAAUCCAAAGCCAUGGAUGAGAUCAGGACUUCUCAGUACAUUAUGAGUUUUAUGGUCCCCUUUCAUUGGUCUCAGUGAACCAAUCCCCAUGCCUUAAAAAUAAAAAGGGGAAAUUUUUGAAUUCUUUCACUUUUGAGGGUUUUUUUUAAUAUGCAAAAUCAAGUAAAAGUGGAAUUGUCUGCCUUUUAUGAAGUUGGUCAGAUUAUGUAUAGCCCAGGGGACUGUAAAAUUCAGAGUGAGUCUGAGAGUCACUGCAACCUUGAAAAUCCCAGGGCCCCUGGGGAGUCUCAGAUCCUAGGCGACAACAAACUGACAGACUCUAACGGAGUCUCAUUAGCCAGGCAUUGGUCUUGUCUAAAUCCCUAACUUUUGUGGCUUCGCUUAACACCUUGGUGUUUCUUUUCUGAUGCUCUGAUGUUUAUAUCGCACUCUCAACUUAUUUUGAAAACAUUUGCAUGGUGAUUAGUUAACCCAACAGACCAAUCCUGGGAAGGCAGCCAGAACCGACAGCACCUUAGUAAUAGAAAAGCUGAGAAUUAAAAGAAGACCCCGAGACCAGGAGCCUGGACCUAAAUGGUGCUGCUUUGCCUUAAUGAGCGGCCCCAGUACCCAGUACGAAUUGAGUAGUGGCCUUGAGUAAUGGCCGAGCUGUUUGAAAACACCUUGAGUCUACCUCAUUGUGCUGAAACUCCAGGUGGUCAUGGUUGCAUUUUAGCUUGUAAUGUUUUGGACGGCUGCCUGUGGGAAGAAAACAGCACAGCCUAGAGCAGCACUGAUGUGUUAUGGAAGCCUCUCUCAUUUACAGUUCUGGCCACGUUCAACACCUGAACUUGUGUGUCGCCCGUGUUGUCCAUCUGCUAUAUGCACAUCGCCCUUGAGUUAGAGAGUUUUCUUACUCAGGGCUUUUGUUAGUUAAAGGUGCUGCUUUGAAAACUGGGAUGAUGCUUGCCGGGGGCUGGGGCAGGGGGCAAUGGGAAGUUGUUCUACAGUGGGUACAAAGUCACGCAAGAUGAAAACAUUCUAGAGAUCCGCUGUACAACAGUGCACGUUUAGCGAAGAAAACGGUUGUGCGCGCUUAAAAUUUGUUAAUAAAUUUUUGUUAGGUUAGAUUUCAUGUUAUGUAUUUUUUAUCACAGUAAAAAAAAUAUAUGGGCAAGAUAAAUAUAUUUUUUGAAAGUGCUGCUUUUUAUAGUCAAGGGGCUGGUGCUGAGAGCCUGGUUUAGAUGGCUGAGGUCAUUGUCUCAGGGGUCUAGGUUGUGUUUGGCUUCCGUUGCGUCAUGGUGAAGGUAGCUUCAGACAUGCGCAUUUCAGGCUCUCGUCGGAAGACCCAACACAUUAAAAAUGAAUUCUUGCACAACCAAAGAAACCCCCAGAUUUCACUCUUAAAAUAUGAGGUACCUAGAACUUUAUGAUGUCUGUUUUUAGCAGAAGUGAUUCUGAGUUAAUCAUGAGCCUGUGUUUUUAUUGAUCCCAUGGAAGGUGGGGAAAUGGGAAGCCUGGGGUUGGGGGUUGAAAAGAAGGAAGACAGACAGACAUGAGGUGGUCUGGAUAAUGGAGGUUCCCUGAGACUCUGUAUGAUUCAUAUGGUCUGUGGCUCCUCUGAAGCUCAUAGUCUGAAAGGUUGGAAUAGUGUUUUCCCCUUUCUCUAGGCAAUUAGGCAUUGCCUAAAACCCCCAGGGACUAAAGCCAGCUUCAGGGAAUACCCUUCCUGUCAACCUCACGUAAUUGCACCAGUGAAGUUAAUUGCACUGCUUUUGGGGGAACUUGUGUAAAAGGCAUUGUGUCUCAUGUAAACAGGGAGGUGGUUUUGUGUUGUAUCGGACAUAUUCAUCCAGUGCCUCUUGCUGCAAGCCUCCAUGCUAACUGUGAUGGGGGGGCAUCUAGGCUGAGCCAAGUGGAACUAGAUAGCGUGGCCACAGCGGUGGCUUGCGACAUCUGGGCAGGUGGUCUGGAGCUUGCCGACUUGCCUCACAGUUCGGGCCCUGCAGCCUAUAUUGGUGCUAACAGUUAGUUUGAAAGGACGGAGUGUCAGAAGUGGCCUUUCACCUUCUGUACGUCCAGGGGCUCGUGAGCUGAUAGAGAAGCGCUUUCAGUCUUGAGUUUGAGACUGGCCGCCUGCCCAAGGACCAGGCAGGAGAGGAGACUCCUUCAUUCUGGUGAGCGCCGUGGGCUAUGGGAUGGAUGAGGUGGAGCAGGACCAGCAUGAGGCCCGACUCAAGGAGCUGUUUGACAGUUUUGACACGACAGGCACCGGGUCCUUGGGACAGGAGGAACUCACCGACCUUUGCCACAUGUUGAGCUUGGAGGAGGUGGCCCCAGUGCUCCAGGAGACGCUGCUUCAGGACAACCUCUUGGGCAGGGUGCAUUUUGACCAAUUUAAAGAAGCAUUAAUACUUAUCUUGUCUAGAACUCUGUCAAAUGAAGAACACUUUCAAGAAUCAGACUGUUCACUAGAAGCUCAGCCCAAAUAUGUUAAAGGUGGGAAGCGUUACGGACGAAGGUCCUUGCCUGAGUUUCAAGAAUCCGUGGAAGAGUUUGCAGAGAUUGAGCCACUAGAUGAAGAAGCACGGCCUUCACACACCCCAGCCAGUGACCGCCACGAGCACUGGAAGACACAGCGCAGUGAAGAGUAUGAAGCGGAAGGCCAGUUAAGAUUUUGGAACCCAGAUGACUUGAAUGCCUCACAAAGUGGGUCUUCUGCUCCCCAAGACUGGAUAGAAGAGAAACUGCAGGAGGUUUGUGAAGAUCUGGGGAUCACCCGUGAUGGUCACCUGAACCGAAAGAAGCUGGUCUCCAUCUGUGAGCAGUAUGGCCUGCAGAAUAUCGAUGGAGAGAUGCUUGAGGAAGUCUUCCAUAAUCUUGAUCCUGAUGGUACAAUGAGCGUAGAAGAUUUUUUCUAUGGCUUAUUCAAAAAUGGAAAAUCCCUCACACCAUCAGCAUCUACUCCAUAUAGACAAUUGAAAAGGCAUCUCUCCAUGCAGUCCUUCGAUGAGAGUGGACGACGUACCACAACCCCAUCAGCAAUGACAAGUACCAUUGGCUUUCGGGUCUUCUCCUGCCUGGAUGAUGGGAUGGGCUAUGCAUCAGUGGAGAAAAUACUCGACUCCUGGCAGGAAGAGGGCAUUGAGAACAGCCAGGAGAUCCUGAAGGCCUUGGAUUUCAGCCUUGAUGGGAAUGUCAACCUGACAGAAUUGACACUGGCUCUUGAAAAUGAACUUUUGGUCACCAAGAAUGGCAUUCACCAGGCAGCUCUGGCCAGCUUUAAGGCUGAGAUCCGGCAUUUGCUGGAGCGAGUUGAUCAAGUGGUCAGAGAGAAAGAGAAGCUACGGUCAGAUCUGGACAAAGCUGAGAAGCUCAAGUCUCUAAUGGCUUCAGAGGUGGAUGAUCACCAUGCGGCCAUCGAGCGGCGCAAUGAGUACAACCUCAGGAAACUGGAUGAAGAGUACAAGGAGCGAAUAGCAGCCUUAAAGAAUGAACUCCGAAAGGAGAGAGAACAGAUCCUGCAACAGGUGGGCAAGCAGCGCUUGGAACUUGAGCAGGAAAUUGAAAAGGCAAAAACAGAAGAGAACUACAUCCGGGACCGCCUUGCCCUCUCUUUAAAGGAAAACAGUCGUCUAGAAAAUGAGCUUCUGGAAAAUGCAGAGAAGUUGGCAGAGUAUGAGAAUCUGACAAAUAGACUUCAGCGAAAUUUGGAAAAUGUGUUAGCAGAAAAGUUUGGUGACCUUGAUCCUAGCAGUGCUGAAUUCUUUCUGCAAGAGGAGAGGCUGACACAGAUGAGAAAUGAAUAUGAGCAGCAGUGCAGGGUAUUACAAGACCAAGUGGAUGAACUCCAGUCUGAGCUGGAGGAAUUUCGCACACAAGGCAAAGUGUUGAGACUUCCCUUGAAGAGCUCAGUGUCAGAAGAACUUGAGGUUAACAGUGGUUGCAUUGAGCCUGACCAGGGGCUUGGUUCUGAAGAAUGCAAUCCAUUGACUAUGAGCAUCGAGGCAGAGCUGGUCAUUGAGCAGAUGAAAGAACAACAUCACAGGGACUUAUGUCGCUUAAGACUGGAGCUUGAAGAUAAAGUGCACCAUUAUGAAAAGCAGCUAGAUGAAACCAAGGUCGCCUGUGAAAAGGAGCAAGACAGCAUGAAGCAAAAGUACGAGAAUGAGGUCCGCGUCUUGGAAAAACAACUAAGUGACCUUAAAAACGAAACUGCAGAACUUCGGGGCCAGGCAGUGGUGCUCAAGGAAGCACAACAUACAACUCUCUGCAGACACGAGGAGGAGAAAAAAGAACUGCAAAUGAGGUGGGAUGAGGAAAAGGCUCACCUGCGGGAGAAGCUGAGGCUGGAACACGAGAUGGAACUCAAGGCUCGCCUGGAGCAGGCAGAGGACAGCUUUACCCGGGAGAGGGAAGGACUCCUUCGGAAUGGCGCCUGGACAGAAGAGAAGGUGAGAGGCUUGACUCAGGAACUCGAGCAGCUUCACCAGGAGCAGCUGAAAAGCCUGAUGGAGAAGCACACUCUUGAGAAGGAGGAGUUGCAAAAAGAGCUCUUGGAAAAGCACCAAAGGGAACUUCAAGAGGGAAGGGAAAAAAUGGAAACUGAGUGUAAUAGAAGAACCUCUCAGAUAGAAGCCCAGUCCCAGGCUGAUUGUCAGAAGGUCACCGAGAGGUGUGAAAGCGCUCUGCGGAGCCUGGAGGGGCGCUACCGCCAAGAGCUGCAGGAGCUCGUGGAACAGCAGCUGGAGGAGAGAUCCCAGUGGGAGUUUGAGAAGGACGAGCUCGCCCAGGAGUGCGCCGAAGCCCAGGAGCAGCUCAAAGAGACUCUGCAAAGAGAGAAAGCAACGUCUCUGGUCCUGACCCAGGAGAGAGAGAUGCUGGAGAAAACGUACAAGGAACAUUUGAGUAGUAUGGUCGUUGAAAGAGAGCAGCUGCUCAGAGACCUGGAAGAUCUAAGAAACGUGUCUGAAAGUCAACAGAGCCUGCUGUCCGACCAGAUACUUGAGCUGAAGAGCGGUCGUGACAGAGGUCCGAAGGACAGGGAGCAGGUCCCGUGCCAGGCGGGCGCCUCAGAGCAGCAGGCCAGCCAGCAGCUUGAGAAGCUGGAAAUGGAACGUGACCGGGAGAGGCAGGAAAUGAUGGCCAAGCUUCAGGCCAUGGAGAGUGUCCACAGGGUGACCUGUGAGAAGGCAGAUCAGGAGAGGGCCCAGCUGAGCACAGAAAUCUCCAGGCUGCAGAAUAAAAUCAAGCAAAUGCAGCAGGUGGCAUCUCCUUUCUCCAGGAGAGAGAGUGGCUGCCGGGCAACAGGAGGGGAGGACGCAGAAGGAAGUGGAGCCAUGUCCCUGCUCCAGCAAGGAAAGCAGUUGUUGGAAGAGAAUGGAGAUGUCCUCUUGAGCCUGCAGAGAGCUCAUGAGCGAGCAGUGAAGGAAAAUGUGAAAAUGGCCACUGAAAUUUCGAGAUUGCAACAGAAGCUACAGAAAUUAGAGCCAGGGUUGGUGAUGUCUUCUUGUUUAGACGAGCCAACUACUGGAUUCUUUGGAAAUUCUGUGGAACGGACAGAGCCAUUUUUACUGCAAAAUCAAACGAAGCAAGUAGAAGGUGUAGCCACACGGUGUGCCCUAAGUGACCUACAAGACGAUGAAACCCGGGAUCUGGGAAGUACAGGGACAAGCUCAGCUCAGAGACAGGAGGUCAAGACAGAGGAGUCUGAAGCAUCAAUAGAGAGUUUUUCCGAGCUCGAGAAUAGUGAAGAGACCAGGACCGAGACCUGGGACCUGAAGAAUCAGAUUUGUCAGCUUCAGGAACAGCUAAUGAUCUUGCGUGCAGACUGCAGUCGAGCUUCUGAAAAGAAACAGGACCUACUUUUUGACGUUUCUGUGCUAAAAAAGAAACUGAAGAUGCUUGAGAGAAUCCCCGAGGCUUCCCCCAAGUAUAAAUUGUUAUAUGAAGAUGCCAGCAGAGAAAAUGACUGUCUUCAGGAAGAGCUGAGAGUGAUGGAGAUGCGCUAUGACGAAGCCCUAGAAAAUAACAAAGACCUCACUUCGGAAGUUUUCAAAUUGCAGGAUGAGCUAAAGAAAGUUGAAGAGGUGACUGAAACCUUCCUUAGCCUGGAAAAGAGUUACGAUGAGGUCAAGAGAGAAAAUGAGGAACUGCAUGUUCUGGUUUUGAGGCUUCAAGGCAAGAUCGAGAGGCUCCAGGAAAGAGCGGUGCUGCGCUGUGACUGCUUCUCCUUAUGGGAAGCCCAUUUAGAUAACCGGGAAGUCCAACCUGAUGAGAAGGUGCUCGGACGACAUCAGACAUGGGAAGAGCGUGUGCCCACAGUGACAAGUGUCCACCAUAUUCUAGAAGAACAUUAUCAAGAAAACCAGUACCUCGAGCAGCAGAAUGCACAGCUCGUGGGAGAAGUAAAAGCGAGUGAAAUUGCCUGGCUUCACAGAACAAUCCGGACACGUCGAGAGAAGCCCAGAGUACAGAACCAAGUUCUGCUGGAGGAAGACACCGCUCUGCUGGGCCUUCAAGACGGACAUCUUCAGCGUCAGGCCACCAUAGCGGAGUUGGAACUGGAGAAGAAGAAGCUGCAGGAGCUGACUAGAAAGCUGAGGGAGAGAGUCACUACUCUAGUUAAGCAGAAAGAUGGACCUUCUCAAGGAGAAAACGAGGAAGAACUAAAGGCGAUGAUGCAUGACUUGCAAAUCACGUGCAGUGAGAUGCAACAGAAAGUUGAACUUCUGAGAUGUGAAUCUGAGAAGCUUCAAGAAGAAAAUUCUAUUUUGAGAAGUGAAAUUACUACUUUAAAUGAAGAAGAUAGCAUUUCUAACCUGAAAUUAGGGAAAUUAAAUGGAUCUCAGGAAGAAAUGUGGCAAAAAAUAGAAACUGUAAAACAGGAAAAAGCUGCAGUUCAGAAGAUGGUUGAAAAUUUAAAGAAACAGAUUUCCGAAUUAAAAACCCAAAACCAACAAUUGGAUUUGGAAAAUACCGAACUUAGCCAAAAGAACUCUCAAAAUGAGAAAGAACUGCAAGAACUUAAUCAACAUCUGGCAGAAAUGCUACGCCAGAAGGAUCAAGAGCCAGGGCGCAGUACAUUGGAGGAAUGGAAACAAGAAAAGUCUAAUCUGAAGGAAGAACUGGAACAAUGUAAAGUGCAGUCCUCCACUUUAGUGUCUUCUCUGGAGGCAGAACUGUCUGAAGUGAAAAUACAGACUCAUAUUGUGGAACAGGAGAACCUCCUUCUCAAAGAUGAACUGGAGAAAAUGAAACAACUGCACAGAUGUCCUGAUCUUGGUGACUUCCAGCAAAAACUUGCUAGUGUUCUCAGCUACAAUGAAAAACUGCUGGAAGAAAAGGAGGCUCUCAGUGAAGAACUAAAGAGCUGUGUGGAUAAGUUGGCAAAAUCAAGUCUUUUAGAGCAUAGAAUUGCUACUAUGAAGCAAGAACAGAAAUCUUGGGAACACCAGAGUGAAACCUUAAAGUCCCAACUAGAGGCUUCACAGGAAAAGGUUCAGAGUUUAGAAGACACCCUACAGAAUGUGAACCUGCAAAUGUCCCUGAUUAAAUCUGACCUACGAAUGACUCAGCAGGAAAAGGAGGCUUUGAAACAAGAAGUGAUGUCUUUAUAUAAACAACUUCAGAAUGCUGGUGACAAGAACUGGGCCCCAGAAAUAGCCACCUUCCAUAACCAGCAGCAAAGGCCUUCUUGGGACCAGAUGGAUCAUGUGAUGAAGGAGGAACAACAGCUGCUUUGGCAAGAGAACGAGAGACUCCAAACUGUGGUGCGGAACACCAAAGCGGAACUCACGCACUCACGGGACAAGGUCCGUCAACUGGAAUCAAACCUUCUUCCCCCUAAGCACCAAAAACAUCUAAACUCAUCAGGUACGGUGAGGCCUACAGAGCAAGAGAAGUUGAGCUUAAAGAGAGAGUGUGAACAGUUUCAAAAGGAACGAUCACCUACUAAUAGGAAGCAGGUCAGUCAGAUGAAUUCCCUUGAAAGAGAGUUAGAAACAAUUCAUUUGGAAAAUGAAGGCCUGAAAAAGAAACAAGUAAAACUGGAUGAGCAGCUAAUGGAGAUGCAGCACCUGAGGUCCAUUGUGAUGCUUAGCCCAUCCCCUCCCACGUGGGAUCUCCAGCUGCGCCAGCAGCAAGCCUGUCCGACGGUGCCCAGGGAGCAGUUUCUGCAGCUUCAACAGCAGCUGCUGCAGGCAGAAAGGAUAAACCAGUGCCUGCAGGAGGAACUUGAAAACAGGACCUCCGAAACCAACACGCCGCAGGGAAACCAGGAACAACUGGUAACUGUCAUGGAAGAACGGAUGAUGGAAGUUGAACAGAAAUUGAAACUGGUGAAAAGGCUUCUUCAGGAUAAAGUGAAUCAGCUCAAAGAACAACUGUGCAAGAAUACUAAAGCAGAUGCGAUGGUGAAGGAUUUGUAUGUUGAAAAUGCCCAGUUGUUGAAAGCUCUGGAAAUGACUGAACAGCGACAAAAAACAGCAGAAAAGAAAAAUUACCUCCUAGAAGAGAAGAUUGCCAGCCUCAGUAAUAUAGUCAGGAAUCUGGCACCAGCACCACUGACUUCUACACCUCCCUUGAGGUCAUAGCCAAGCCAAAGGAUACACUCAUUUGUGCACUUUACUGAAAUGGAUGGAACAUUUCAGUAGGUUCUCUCAACCCUUUUUUUUUUUUUUAAACCUUUACUGGUUUAAAGUUCAGCUCAACCUAAAACUGCCAGCAACAGAACUGUACUCUCCAUUCGCUGUAAUUAGUUUUUCUAAAGAGACUCUAAUGGGAGCUGCAAAUAGUCACAUAUUUCACUGUUUAAAUUAUUCCCCAGUUUUGAAUUUUAAAAACAUACCCUGAUAGCCACCAAAAAGGUGGGUAUGUGAACACAAUGCAAGAAUCUUAAAACCCCCAGUUGUGAAUAAGUUAAAAAACAAAACAAUAUUAUGUACAAAUGUUUGUGUAAAUUCCAGGUAUUUUAAGUUUUAGAUCUGAUGAGUUUGUUUUGAUCUUUAUUUGAAAACCAAAUGUCUGUCUUCUUACACAUUUAAAUAUGGAGAAGUCAUUCUGUUUCCAAUAAUUUUGGCUCUUUAGUGAGAGACCCUGAGCUCAAUAACCACGGAGGACAGAAGAGCCAAAGCCCAUGUACUUGACCUUCUAACACCUAUGGCAGUAUUACUACUCCUGAUGGAUUAUGGAUACUAAAAACUGAUUUACUCAACUACACUGUUAACUAAGGUUAAAACUGUACUU